GGGCUAACACAAAACGAAAAGAAGGGGCGAAUUGGGAAUUUGGGAGCUGCUUGCCUGCCGACGACGUCCCGGCGCCACCGCACCGUUGCCUCGCCUCCGCCGCCGCCGCCGACAGCGGCGAUGGGAAACUCACAGGCUUCCACCUCGUCCGCCUCCUCCUCUGCCCGCUUCGUCAUGGCCGCCAGGGCCUUCUCGAAGCAGGCGCUGGACGACCUCCGCGCGCGGUUGGCCUCUCUCGCCGCGCAGUCGGGGACCCAGGGGGGCGCCGUCUCCCGCCCCGUCUUCCUCGAGUACUUCGGGGUACGCGGGGCGCUCGGCGAUAGGUUGUUCCAGUUGGUAACCAAGGAGAGUAGCGGGGAAGAUGGGGUCACCUUCGAGGGUUUGAUCAUCUCCAAAGCAACAUAUGAAAGGGGAACUCCAGAUGAAGCUGAUGAGUUCAUUUAUCAAUUGUGUGAUGUUAAGGGUGACGGUGUCUUAACUAGGUCUGAUAUGGAAUCUGUAUUGGAGUCCAUUCAUGAAACCAUAUUUACAGAAAACAAGGAAGCCAGGGGAGGUUCAAACAAGAGGGCAUUUGAAACAUUUCUCAAUUCCGCAGCAUUUUCAAAGGAUGUUGAAGGGGUCUCAGGGAAGUCUAUGUCAUUAUCAGACUUUAGAAACUGGUGUAUUGUCAUGCCAUCAUUGAGGAAGUUCCUUGGAAGUUUGUUGAUGCCCCCUGAUUCAGGCAGAUCUGGUUUCGAAGUACCGCUACUUCAUUAUCCAGAAAACAUCUCUUCUGAGUUGCUACUUCUAAAUAAAGAGUAUGCUUGGCAUAUUGGUGGUGGCUUUUCUCAACAUGACGUGCAAGAGUGGAAGUUAUUAUAUCACAGUUCUCUUCAUGGACAGAGCUUCAACACUUUCUUGGGCAAUGUAACGAAUGGAGAUGCACAGACUGUUCUAGUUAUUAAAGAUACAGAAGGAUCCAUUUAUGGUGCAUACGCAUCACAACCUUGGGAAAGGCACAGUGAUUUUUAUGGUGACAUGAAGACAUUCCUUUUCAAGUUAUAUCCUGAAGCAUCCAUUUUCCGCCCUACAGGAGCAAACAAAAAUUUACAAUGGUGUGCUGUAAACUUCACAUCUGAGAGCAUUCCCAACGGUAUUGGCUUUGGAGGGAAGCCACAUCACUUUGGGCUUUUCCUAUCUGCGAGUUUCGAUCAAGGGCACUCAUUUACCUCCAGCACGUUCACCGGUCCUCCACUUUCCAAGACAAACAGGUUCAGGCCAGAAGUUAUUGAAUGCUGGGGGAUACAAGUGAAAGGAUCAAAUGAAGAUAGGCCAGAGCUUGUCAAGGGGACAGUCCUCGAAAGAUUCAAGGAGGACAGGAACAUGCUGAAGUUGGUCGGUUUGGCGAGUUCGAGUGACUGAGGAGUGAAAGAAGAUGAAGAUCUCGGAUAUUUUGGAGGUUGUGUGCAGCUCAUUUUUACAGAAAAUGAUACCUAGACUUGCAUAUUUUUACAGCUCAUUCUCAGUAUAUGAUUGUUGCUCCUGCGUUUCAGCUCCUCACUAUUUUUGUUUCAUCCAGAGUGACCUGAUUUAGCUGCAUGAAGUUGUUUGUCUAUACUGUAUAGCUCCAGCACGUACGUACUUGUGCCCAAUUCGAGAGCAAGGGACGAACCGACUGUAUAGCUGAGUGAUGAAUGUAUAGAAUGUGAUAAAAAAUUAUGCAGGUGUAAGAUGCAUUGAGGUGGAAUUAUCAUUUUGAUGUGGAAGGAACACGUGUUAGUUUUUUUUUUGUUGGAUGAAA